GCAUUAGAUCUCCAUAUGGAACCAACGAAAGUAGAGUUCCUCAAAUUGAGAGAGACAGAGACAGAGAGGGAAUAAAGAAAUUCGAGAAACCCACCACAGAUCACCCUCAUUCAACAUCCAACUACUACCAAAGCCUGGUGUUCUCUUGAGAAAAAGAACAAACGAUGUGGGUGAUUGGAACAUGCGUGUUGGCAUUGGCCAUCGCAUGGCUCGGUCACUGGGUUUACAGAUGGAGGAACCCUAAAUGCAAUGGCGUUCUUCCUCCCGGUUCUCUCGGGCUUCCUCUCAUUGGCGAGACCCUCCAGUUGAUGGUCCCUGGCGACUCUUUGGACCUCGUUCCUUUCCUCAAGGACAGAAUUCAAAGGUACGGGACAACAUUUCGAACAAGCGUGGCUGGUCGGUCGAUAAUAGUAUCAGCCGAUCCGAAAUUUUGCCACUUCGUCCUUCAACAGCACGGCAAACUGUUCGAGUCAUGGGCCCUAGACACAUUUGCAAAGCUCUUUGCACAAGAAGGCGAGGCGAGCCUCAAUGUCACAGACAUUCACAAAUAUGUCCGAGGCACAGUCCUAAAGCACUUCGGCAUGGAGGCCCUGAAGGAGAGGCUGUUUCCUUUGAUGGAAGAAGUGUCGCAAGCGACUAUAAAGAGAUGGUUAGGCAAAGAAUCGAUGGAUGUGAAAUACGCUACAGGAACUAUGGCAAUCGAAUUUAGUGCAAAGCUACUGUUCAGUCAUGAUCCUACACAAUCAUCGAAGAAAUUGGGUGAUUUAUUCUCUUCGCUCGUCCAAGGCCUCUUGUCCAUUCCUUUGAAUAUACCGGGUACAAUAUAUCACAAAUGCCUCAAGGAUCGAAGGAAGGCGUUGUCAAUGAUUCGAAGAACCGUGAAAGAUCGCCUUUCCUCCCACGGGAGACUUCACGAUGACUUCCUUUGCCAUGUCAUGCAAGAUAUGAGUAAAGAGAAAUUCUUGACAGAGGAUUUCCUGGUCCAACUCAUAUUUACUCUUCUUUUCGUCACUUUCGAUUCUGUUUCGACGACGUUAACUUUGGCUCUGAUGUUCCUCGAAGAGAACCCUAGAGCGUUGCAAGAAAUCACCGACGAGCACGAGUCAAUAAUAAAGGAAAGAGAAAUUUCGAAAUCCUCGAUCACAUGGAAGGAAUACAAAUCAAUGCCUUUUACCCUUCAAGUGAUCCAUGAAUCCUUGAGGUUGGGAAACAUCUCGCCGGGAUUGUUUAGGCGAACAAAAACUGAUGUGGAAUGGAACGGAUACACAAUUCCGGCACGCUGGGGAGUGUUGAUAGCUACUUCCGCUCUUCACUUGAAUCCCGAGACAUACAAAGACCCUCUUACAUUCAACCCAUGGCGCUGGAAGGAAUAUGAUUCAGAUGUGAUGCUGAAGAACUUCAUGCCUUUCGGAUCAGGGAUGAAACAGUGUGCCGGAGCGGAGUACGUGAGGGCCUUGCUGUCGACGUUUCUCCAUAUCCUGGUCACGAAAUAUAGAUGGACGAAUGUGAAGAAAGGCAAUAUUCGUCGCAACCCAGUUCUGAGUCUCGGUGAUGGCUUGCACAUUAAGAUCAUGGAGAGACAGAAGUAGAAAUUUGUUCUCGCCCUUUAAGGUGAUCUUAACUUUGUCUGUAAUAAAGGGCUGAAGCCGUUAUAAAAAAAACUUCGCCUAUAAUUUGCAUUGAAAUUUAGGGUCACUUGAGAUGAAGUUUUUCAUUGUACGCGUGUCGUGCUUCUAGUAAUUAGUAUAUGCUAGUCACAAGCCCGCACUUUACAUAGGGCAUACCUUGGUAUAAGUGUUUUAUCAGUAUAUAUUGUCAUUUCUAUAUGUUUUUA